CUGAAGAUUUUGGAUUAUUAGCUUUUGACAUUAAAGUGAAUCAUAAAAAUCAUAGUAUCAAUAUUAUCAUAACAUAUAAGAAAAAACUUAUUCUUAUUCAAUAUAAAAACACUAAGAUGCCUAUAUCUGUUCAAAUUGCUGCAUCUGAUUGUCUUGGAAUUAUUGUGUAUAACAGUAAAAAAUUAAAAGAAAAAGAAAAAUUUGCAACUUUUAGAGAUUUUUAUGAAUCAGAUAAUGAUGAUUAUGUAGAGUUAGUUGAUUAUAAAGCUAACAAGUUUAAUAUUGUUAGUUUAUUAGAAGAAAAUGUUUCUAUUGAAGAAUUAGAAAAAUUUAAUUUCAAACAUUACAAAACUGUAUUUGCAACUUCUAAAGAGAAAAUCAAGAGAAUUAUUAAUCAUUUUUUGGAUUCUGAAUUAAAAGAUAUGAAAGAAUAA